AUGGCUACUUCAAAUCCUUUAAAAAAUAUAUUAACUCCUGAUCAAUUUCAAAAAUGUAUUAAUUUUUAUGAAGCAGAUCAAAGAUUAGAUCAUAAAGAUAGAGUAGAUUUAGCAGUUCAAUUACAAAGUAUAUCAUUAAAAUCAAAUAUUAUAGGUUAUACAACAGGUAUGUUUGGAUUUUUUGGUCCAUCACUUUAUUAUAAAAUUAGAAAAAUCCCUCCACCAAAUCCAUUUUUUUUAAUUCAAAAUCCAUUUUUAUCAUUUUGUAUUGGAUUUGGUUCAUUAAUUAUAAGUAAUCAAUUAUCAACAAGAUAUUAUUAUAAUAAAUAUAAAAAUAAUAAACAAGAUUUCCCCAAUAAAAAUGUUUAUGAUGUUUGGCAAAAUAUGGAUUAUCAAAAUUUACCAAUGUUUACUUUAUAUUAUACUAGAACAAGUUUAAAUCCAAUGUUUAUAAUAAGAGAUCCAAGAACUUGUUCAAAUGAAGCUGAAAUUGAUAAAGAUCAACAUAAUUUUGUUAACUCUAUUGGUUUAGGUAAAUCUGAUAAUCAAGGUGGUAAACAUGAUUUAGGUGUUUGGGAUAGAGUUAAAUUACAUCAUGGAUUUGAUGUUAAUACUCCAAAAGCAAAUUCAUAA